AUGCUUACUGUUGAUGUUUACCAUGGUGGGAACUUUGUCCCUAAGCCAUUAGUGUACUUCAAUCCUUUGAAAAAAUCUGUUACGGGAGUUGAUUUAAAAAACAUGGGGUUUAAGGAGUUCAUCUUACAGCUUCGAAAAUUAACCAAGGAAAGGUGCACUGAUGUAUAUUAUUGUCUUCAAAAUCGAUCUGUGGUAGAUGGAUUAGGAGAACUAAGAGAUGAUAAUGACUAUGUAAGGUUUCUUGAUGCUGGGUAUGCCAAUGAUUUUAAAAUCAAUGUGUACAUUGAUGAAUAUCAAGAGCUGGCAUGGAGUGGAUUGACGAAGAAAAAGCUUGUCACAACUAGGAAUUCUGAUACAUUGUAA